AUGAGUGCAGAGGAUCAUCAAAGCUUUGUAGCCACCUUGGAAUCCUUCAGGGAGUUGAAAUCUGGUAUAUCCGGAUCACGUAUCAAGAAACUGACCGCCUAUGCACUUGAACACGUUGAAGAUGAAGAACAAAUAAUCUCUUUGAUCAUUAACUAUUCCAAGACUUGUUCGGACUCCCACAAGCUGGGUUCUUUGUACAUCAUCGAUUCGAUUGGUAGGGCGUAUUUGGACGAAGCCAGGGCCAACGACGACUAUAUCAAGCCAACCGCUAAGAAGGGUACUUGUGCUCACGCGGUUUAUACACUUGGUGAAUCUAUACAGGAACUCUUGACAAGCGCAAUCUCCAAGAGUAAUGAAGAUCACAGAGAAAAGAUUCGUACCCUGAUAGACAUCUGGGACAGAGCUGGCCUUUUCCAGAAGGGCUAUUUAAAUGCGAUCAGGGGCACCUGCUUUUCCAUGGACGUAAACAAUGAAGAUGUUCAGUCUUCCAAUAGCGCGGAAUUCCAACUCUCGAACGAUCCUAAGGAGAGAUGCUUGCAAAUUUUACAUGACUUGCAACCAUUAAGUUUUGUUCCCAGUGUAAAACUGCCGCAAACGUUGUCUUCUGAUGAUGUUGCUGAACAACGAACAGCUCUAUUUCAAGUUCUUGUAAACAUUCAACAGCAGUGCCAUCAACAGCAACAUUUGCAAUCCCAGUUUCAACAAGUUCAACAAGUUCAACAAGUUCAACAACAAGCUACACAAGCGUAUGCACCAGCAGCUCGUCAAGGUCAUGUUACCACGGAAUAUGGAAGUAGACGCCAACGUGAACGUGAACGGGAGGGCGAAAGAUACUCGUCAAGGAGGAAUAGAUCCAGAUCGCCACCGAGAAGAGAUGCGCAUCAGGGGAGCACCGGUCAUCAACAUAGUAACUCGAAUGGUCCAUUGGGAACAAAUAACCAUCAUUUAUAUCCAGACGAGCUAAAUGUACCAUCCAACGCGCACUACAGACCAAAGCCUGUUAGUUUUGAGUCCAACCUACCGCCAGACCAUAUUAAAGUCUUUAGUCGUACCUUAUUUGUUGGUGGUGUGCCAAUGAACAUGAAAGAAUGGGACAUUGCCAACGUUCUUAGACCAUUUGCAGAAGUGCAAAGUGUUAUCCUAAACAAUGCAAGAAAACAUGCGUUUGUGAAAGUUUACUCUAGAAGAGAAGCUGAAAAUGUACUAUUAAAUUUCAAUAAGGAUGGUUCCUCACCACUAAGAACUCGUUGGGGUGUUGGUUUUGGUCCAAGAGACUGCUGCGAUUAUCAGCAUGGAUUUAGCGUCAUUCCACUACAUCGUUUAACCGACGCAGAUAAGAAAUGGUGUGUUCAUGCUCAAUGGGGUGGUACUGGAGGUCAACCUCUGCAAGGUGGUGUUGUGUUCGAAGAACCGGAUAUAAUAGUCGGCGAAGGUGUAUCUUCAAAGGCUAUUUCGCAGAAGAUGCCCACCGAUUCAGGCAGAAAUGGUCCAAGAUCGGGCAAAUCUACUAAGACUAGCGUAUCGUCGCCUUCAAUGCCUGGGUACGCUACAAACCAAAUCGCAUCACCUGGUCAAAUGUACUCUCAAAUGCAGCAACCAUAUCCUCCACAGCAAGCAGCUCCCCAGCAGGCAGCUCCACCAUACGGUCAACCGCCAGUUGCUGCCCCAAUGGCAGGUUACACUCAACCGCCUCAGCAACAACAACCAUUCGACGCGACUGCACAACUAAACUCGCUGAUGAGUAUGCUAAAUCAGCAACAAAACUAA